UAUAAGCACACCUUGACUUCUCUUUCACAUUUUAUUCAGUGAAUCCUUAAAAUUGGUCAUUUUUAGUAGCUAUUGUGGAAAAUGUUGAAGCUAAAUUUGCUGGUAUUUUUGGGGCUUUGUUGGUUCUUCAAUACGUUGCCCGUGGAGAAAAGCGUGGCUUUUGCUUUUCCGGACAAUAAACGAAACAGGACUUUGGUGAAUCCCUCCGUUGAGUUGGACAAAAAAUUGGGAGUAGAUUCGGCUGGCGUCUUUGGUCUCUUUGGAAAACCAAUGCCAAUGGUAGCAGCGAAGCUUCCCGAUAAAAUAGAUACAACCAAGGCAGUUUUUACUCGACCUCACGGUAAAUGGAACAGAAUGACGACAUCGUUGGUAGAUUCGCACAUUCAGGAAAGUGAUCUCUAUAAUUUGGCAAAAAAAUUGGCAGUGAAAUCGAAACCAAAGUCGGGUUUGGGCCUUCGGCUUUUCGGUAACCACCGGUCCAUUUUAACGUCGAGGGUUAUGGAUGCCGUAAAUACAACCCAAAAGGAAUUUCCCCGCCCACCUGCCAACAGGAAGUUUCCUAACUUUUGGAAAAAGACUCAAGAAAAAGAAGUGACUAAAGCUGAGGAAAGUUUAAGGAAGGAGGAGAGCCAAGGGAAAAUUGCAGAAGGCGCAGCGGAUCAACGUAAAAGAAAACGACCUGCUUUCCGAGGAAAAGGGAUCCGCAAAAAAGCAGGGGACAACCAAUUCGAGGGCUAUGAAGUCAAGGAACUAACUCUCCAAGUGCCCAACAUGCAAACCGAUCGGCACGGAAACUGGGUCUACAAUCAGUGGGGCGUGACGUACGGCAAUCAGUUUAUGGACACCCGAUUCACCAAGGGUAAGGGCGACAGGCACCAGGCGGUUCGCUACCGCGUCGACCAGGAGCCCCUCCAUAAGUACGAUCCCAAUACCGGCCAACUAAGCACCGUGUGCCUUGGCAGAUCCACCAUCUACAACUAUCCGAAAGUCUUCUGGUGGCUCAACCGGAUGAUCCACAACGUCUCCUUCGAACACCGUACCAUCUGGAUGGAGCUGCGCCGCGAGCUGUAUGUCUACGGCAGGUCAGAGGAGUGCCACACGACCAACUUUACGGAUUUCCGCGAAUUCCAGGAGUGCACCCUAAGGCGGCACCAGCGGAUGGAGUACAUGAUACCGCAGUAUCCGCUCCAGCAGAUCGGCUACAGAAAGUACUACCACAAGAAACAGGCGGCGGGUGGUGAGGCGGAAUCUGAAGAGGAGGAUGAGUUCGAGGACGACUUUUAAGUGUCACUAUGUUUUACUUAAUGACAAAUAUAAUACAUUAUGAUUUAGAUCUACUAUUCUCUUUCGAACUGUCAAAGUUUCGGCAAGGUCAACAAAAUUUAUCUUCAAAAUUUAGGACCGAUGGAAUUAAAUGGAGGAUGUGUGGUCUUAAGCUGCCUGUUAAUUUGAUCAGGUUCUGGGCGUAGUUGUUGCUCAAGCGAUUCCUUUGCCCGCUCAGUACCAAAUAUCCUUGGAUGCCCAGUCAGAUUUGAUGGUGAACAGGUAUGGUGAAUCGGGUGAGCAGCUGAGUAUGGUCAGGCAGCCCAAAGAAGACGAUGACGAAGACGAAGACGAAGAAGGAUUCGAUGAUAAUAUAACGGCGGGAGCGGUUUUGGAGGGUUUUGACGAAGGCAGUGGAGAAGACUGCGAUGAACUGCCCUAUGGACCGACAACUCCGGGCGGACAAGACCAAUUGAAUACCAGCUUGGUUUCCUUCGUCCCAAUGUGCCUGCUUAUAAUCCAGAUUCUAUCAUUACGGAUCCAGGCAAAAUAAUAUUUUGGAAAUAGACCCACUA